AUGUCGCAUCCCCGUCAUGUCACACCCCCAUCAUGUCGCAUCCCCUUCAUGACGCACCCCCAUCAUGUCGCACCCCCGUCAUGUCGCACCCCCUUCAUGUCGCAUCCCCGUCAUGUCACACCCCCAUUAUGUCGCAUCCCUAUCAUGUCGCAACCCCGUCAUGUCACACCCCAAUCAUGUCACACCCCCAUCAUGUCGCACCCCCAUCAUGUUGCAUCCCCUUCAUACCGCACCCCCGUCAUGUCCCACCCCCUUCAUGACGCACCCCCAUCAUGUCGCAUCCCCAUCAUGUCACACCCCCGUCAUGUCGCACCCCCAUCAUGUCCCACCCCCAUCAUGUCAGACCCCCAUCAUGUCACACCCCAAACAUGUCGCAUCCCCAUCAUGUCACACCCCCAUCAUGUCGCAUCCCCUUCAUGA